AUGGAUGAUUUCUUCAUAUGGCUCAUGGAAUCUAUCAUGCACGUAAAAAUCGUCUUCCUAGGAGGCAUGGAUCUGAAAUGGGUGCUUCUCAAGAAACAGCCACCCAAACAAAGCAAUUUGGUUAUGUCAACUUCUAACUGCAAGCCCCCUUACAGAUACACUACUCAACUUGGUGUCAUUCUCAAGAGAGAGUACCUAGGUUUGCUUCAAGAAAAGGAUGAGGAUGGUGUACUGAUCAGGGAGCGGCCAGCUCUAGACUGGCCUGAUUAUUUUCUGGGUAGUGUGAAUAAAGAAGGCAUGACAAAUGGGGAACGUGUGCUCUAUGAAUUUUGGCGGUUGUUCCAAGUUAACGAAGAAGAUCAGGCAGAGGCGGAUCGUGUUCUUGACAACUAUUUGAAGAAAAAGGCACAUAGGUUUGGACAACAUAAGGGAACCCCUAUUAAUGCAUUUGCUGCAAUGAAAUCUGGCAUGAAAAAUGUGGAUAGCAGUGGUAAUUGUGGUCCGAUCAACAGCAACAAAGCACAACAACGCAUGUUCUUGAAAUCAUGA